AUCUGUUUGAUAAAGAGUGGGAGUCAAUGCGCUGGUGAAGUUACAAGCUUGCGCACGUUCGUUGCUAAGCAAUGUAAUGUUUUUUGGGGUUAUCUUUUAUUAGUACUGCUGAUACCUCACAUACCGUUAAAAGGGACCUGUGUCUGAUAUGACCGCCUCUCAGGGCCCCCAGGACUGGAUCUCCCAGCAGGCUAAGCUCUCAGGGUACCGGGCUGCGGGCUCUGAGAUGGACUGGCAGACUCCAGCUCUCUCAGAGAAGUUCCAGAGCCGCUGUGGGCGGCGGCCUGACAGUGUGGAUACAGGGCUGGGCUCCGCCCACUCAGACAGCACAGAGGAUUUUUGCUGUUCCAGCGGCAGCCCCUCCUUCCAGCCAAUCCGCAGUCAGAUCUCCAUCCCCACUGCCCAUGUCAUGCCCUCCACCUCAGGCCCCGCCCCCUGCAGGCCCCCCCCACGGCCUGCAGAUGAGCCCCCGCCUCCGGCUGAUGCCCGUGGCAGCUCCAAGCCCCCCUCCCUCCCCAAAUCUGCCUCCUCCCCCAACCUGGAGGCUCAGGAGCGGGGCCGGGGGGCGGGGGACUGUCUGAGCCGCUACCGCAGCCUGGUGAACGGGCUGGACCACUCGCUGCUGCCCCCUGCUGAUGGCCUGGGGUUCGACAUGCCGGCCAUGGAGCCCACGCUGAACCAGUCGGCCUUGCUGCACUCUUUCUGCCCUGACCCUCGGGCACAGCUGCACCUGACCGGCCUGUCCGACACUGACUCUGCCUACAAGGCCCUGCCUGAGGCAGCCACGCCCAACGCCCCGCCCAACACCACACCCGACGCGUUUGGCCUGAGGCCUGCUGGCUCCCCUGGCCUGGCCCCGCCCCAGGCCCCGCCCGCUCACUCCUGGCUGAGGGAGCCGCAGGGCGGCGCUGGGUUCGACCCGCGCUGGCAACAGCUGGAAAAGCUCCGCCUGCAGGUGGAGCAGAUGCAGCUUCUGACUACAGGGCAGUACUCCUCUCUGUAUCCGCCAACCCUGCCACCAGAGGGCGGAGCAUGGGACACUGUUGUCAAGGCCAGUGAGAGCCUGCUGAAGGAGAAGGAGCUUGUCAUUGACAGGCAGAAGCAGCAGAUGGCGCAGCUGGAGCAGCGGCUGCGUGAGAGUGAGAUGCAGGUGCACGGGGCCCUGCUGGGGCGUGGAGCACCCUACCCUGACGUCUGUCUGCUUCGACUGCAGGAGGCUCAGCGGGAGAAUGCCUUCCUGCGGGCGCAGUUUGUCGAGCGCACAGACGGUCUGGCCCAGGAGAAGGCGGAAGCAGAACGGAGGCUGGCGGCGGAGGAGGCGGAGUCACGCAGACUGAGUGACGUGCUGCAGGAGGCGGGGCUGAAGCACAGCGAGGAGAUGAAGAAGCAAGAAGAGCGGAUCCGCAGCAGGGACAAGCACAUCAGCAGUCUGAAGAAGAAGUGUCAGAAGGAGAGCGAGGAGAGCCGGGAGAAGCAGCAGCGCAUCGAGACGCUGGAGCGUUACCUAGGCGACCUGCCCACCUUGGAGGACUACCAGACGCAGAGCAAGCAGCUGGAGCAGGCGCAGCAGCAGGUGACUCAGCUGCAGGCUCGGGGGGCGGAGCUGGAGGCGGAGCUGGGAGAGGCCAGAGCUUCUGCCCUGGAGAGAGACGCUCAGCUGGAGCAGCACAGACUGAGAGAGAGAGACCUGCUCUCCACCGUGACCAGCCUGCAGGAGCGGGUGCAGGAGGGGCUGGAGGACGGGGUCCGGCUGCCCUCUCUGGAUGUGGAGAAACUGCAGGAGGAGAACAGCAGCCUGAGGGAGGAGCUUCAGAGGCAGAGAAAGAUCAUUGAGAAGCAGCAGAAGGUGAUGGAUCAGAUGAGAACACAGAUUGGGGCGCUCCAUUCUCAGGCUCUGCAGGAGGAGGGAGGAGUCCAGGCUCUGAGGGAGGAGCUCUGUGGGAAGGAGCAGGACCUGCUGCAGCUGCGCAGAGCUGUGAAGGAGCUCUCUGCUCAGAACCAGGAGCUGAUGGAGGGGAAGUUGACCCUGCAGGAGCGUUUGGCGGGGUCUGUCUCUGGGCUGCCCCCCGCCCCGGCCGUAACCCAGCUGACGCAGCGUCUCCAUGGCGAGCUGUCGGCCUGCCUGGGGGACCUGCGCUCCCUGUGCAACGUCCUGACCCAGCGAGCUCAAGGCCGGGACCCCAACCUGUCCCUGCUGCUGGGGAUCACCUCCCCGCCCCCGGUGGCAGAGGGGCGUGAUGAUUGGCCGGAGGAGACUCUGGACAGGAAGCUGCUGGAGGUGCAGCAGCUGCGGCGGGACGUGGAGGAGCUGCGGACCAGCGUGUCGGACCGCUACGCCCAGGACAUGGGGGACAACUGCACCACGCAGUGACAGGCGGGGCUGGGUGUGGGCGGAGCAGGGCCGGGGCGGGGCGGGGCACACUGGGGGGCCACGCAGCAGUGUGGAGGCUUGGGGAAGUGCCUGUCCCGUGGGCCCAUCAGAGGAACCCGCCCCGCCCCCUCUGCUGAAGACCACACCCUCAUCUCAUCUCAGCACUAACCUCCCGCAUGUGUGCAGUGUUGUAACGGUAAAGAAGACUUUGGUGUAGCAGCUGAUAUAUUAGUUGGUCCAAUCAGUUCACAUAUUUUUGUUGAUGGGUGUGGCCUCAACACUAAGUAUUUAUUUACACAUAGACUGUAGCCAGGGCAACAGUACACAGUAUGACAGCAGUACAGCAUGAAUAUGCUCUUUUGUUUACGUCUUCCUUUGAAUAACGGACUCUACCACAUUCUCCCAUAACCCUGGGCAAGCCUGUUCCUGUAGAGGACACCUGUAUUUUUACUGAAGACACACCUGUUUCUGCCUGGAUACGCCCAUUUCUGCUGUGGACACGCCCAUUUCUGCCCUGGACGCACCCAUUUCUGCCCUGGACGCACCCAUUUCUGGCCAGGACACGCCCAUUUAUGCCAUGGACAUGCCCAUUUAUGCCAUGGACACACCCAUUUCUGCCCAGAACAUGCCCAUUUAUGCCAUGGACAUGCCUAUUUCUACUCUGGGCACACCUGUCUUCAGCCCUACCCAUUCUGGCUGUACAUCCGUCUUACUCAGAGAGACCAUACGGCUGUUCCACUGGCAGGAGAGACCAUACUGCUGUUCCACUGGGAGGCCUGGAAACACGUGGUUUCUUUGAGCUUUCUGAGUUUGCCUUUCAUACAGUAUAUUUGCAUUUUUGGUGGAUUAUAGCUAGCCUAGCUGAGCCUUUCAUUGUAUCUUUAAAAAAGGGUUUGGAUGCGAGUCGACAUGAACAGCCUUCCUCUUAAAUAAAAACCCCACAAUUUUACUGUA